AUGCCUUCCUUUCGUCGAUCUCGAUCAGCCCUUCGCCCGCCGUCAUCUUCGAGAGAACGGCCGGCGAAACUGAUGAAGAGCAAUCCGGUCAGCAGGAACACCUCACCAGCGCCUCUGAGACGUCGCGGUUCCAAAUUGGACGAGUAUCUGGCCAAGUCAAGCAGGAGAAAUUCCACUUCAACCCUGACAGCGACCGCUGAUAUAGUGCCCACGUUCCUCUCCGCGAAGGAAAUGAAGCGAUGGGAUGGCGUGCAGCGGAUGACCGAGAGAUGGGACUUCGUCCGAAGGGAUCCCGAGUUGUGGCUCCCAAACGGGGAUUGUCUUGUUCACUUCUACGAACGAGGCGGUUCAAAGCGGGGCGCCUCACUUCGCAUCUACCUGGCGGACCGAUCCCACUCCAGGGAGCUUCGAGCUCUCCCCGAGUCAAAGCGCGCAACAAGAGAUUCGGGUUACUUUGAUGAACCUUCGCCAUAUGCCCAACACGAUUUGUAUCUCGCAGCGCCAUCGCACUAUUCGCGAGAAGAAGCAUUGCAGUAUCACGUCAUCACCAGGAAUUUUUUUGCCUGGAUGUAUGAAAAACCACUCGUUGGUGAACGUUUGGGCCAAGGUCUCAUCAACCUCCAAGAGCGCAUGCACGUCUACAGACCAAUAUCAAAUGAAAACCAGGACGAUCUCCUCAAAUAUGUAGAGGAUCAAGGAUACAUGGAUUUCAGGCACUGUCCGGAUCAUGCUCUCGCACUGCUCCAGUAUGCGGAAAAGUAUGAACUUGACGACCUAUGGACAGAUGCCUUCGUGCAUUGCUCAGGCAUGAAUGACGAACUGGAGAUAAGUGGUGAGCUCGAGAAAGUCUCUCGUACUUCGCAAAACCUCAUCACACGCGCUCACAUCGAAAUGGACAUUCGACUUGAGAGAGCGGGAAGGUCUCUCACAAGCUUCCUAGAAGAAGACUUAUCAGAUGCGUUGGGCAAAGAGGCUUAUCUCCAGCUGGAGAGAUUUAGAUCUUUUCUGUAUAGCUUCUAUGUCGGGCGGUAUAGUUUUUGGCCUCCGGCAGCUGGGAUCACCUCCAGCGGCAUCUUGCCGAAAUCGGUCUACUCGUCGAUGUAUCUCGACUUCCGCAACCUCUAUGGUUACCUAGCCGAUACGGAGUCUCGAGCGUCCCUCCGAGACGAGCAAUAUGUCAUUGACUGCUCCUCCAUUUCUGAUCUCCUUUCAGAAUUCGAUCGAAAGCAUAAACUUGAUCAAUUGCCGUAUUUACUUCCUUUGAUCCCAAAGCUGCCAGAGCAAGUGAAUCGACGCAGAUCAAUCUUCAAUAUUCUCGGUUGGGGCCGCGCCAGGCAGGAGAGAAGGGUUGCAGCCUUCUCUGCUCUCAAAGCAGCCACCAAUCACAACGACUCACAGGUUAUGAAUAGCAACAUUGUCCGCGAGUACUUACGCUUUGAAAGAGACUGGGCGAUGAUCGAAAGCCCUGCUGUCUCGUGCGCUGAUGGUCGCCGAGCGCGGUUCGUAUUAAUUUAUGCAAUGUUGCAAAUGCUGAUUAGCAUCGCUCGAGUACCGAGUGAAGUACGGGAGACUGAAGGCGUGUCUUACCCUCUGUGCUGUCAGACGGCCGGGACACCACCGUGGGCGAAUAAAAAGGUUGAGGUACCGUCAUCUUCAAGGCCUCCCUUGAGCCGCAAUCGCACCAGUCAGCUUAGCAUCCAAACAAGCUGUUUGAAACCAGGUCCUCUCAGAGUCAGUCGCAAUUCAAGCGUGACACCAAGCCGUCCGCAGCGAACGUCCUUCGCGCGAAAUAUCCCCCUUAGGGCGCCAGUACCACUCAGAUCAUCAUCAAUCGAGGUGCUUGAUCAUUUCGCGGAGCCCGAGACUGCAAGUCCCCGACCUUUCAGUUUCGCAACCGUUACACCUUCUCGUUCCACUCCGUCUCUGCGUGCUGUAUCUCGCACGUUACCUCAGGAUAUCAACACCACCAUUGCCCCUGAACAUACUUCCGAUCCGAGCACGCCCUCAAGCACGGACAUGAGUGGGAGUGGUGGCUGGAGCGCAAGUUCAAGCGAAGCCGACAUGGAACACCAAAGUGUUGCUGGUACUGACAGCAAUUACGGGGACGACGAACAUGAAGACCGCAACAAAUCCACUUUGAAAGUGCCGCGGGGUUCAUCUUUGAAAGCUCCCCGGCGAACCAAUUCCGCCAGCAGCCUCAAGCAAGUCAAUCCUGAGGUCGAACAGUUCUUGAGUGCCUGA